AUGAACUCAUCACGGCUCUUCCCUAACAUUACGCUUUUCUCAACGCCCCAGGCUCGCUGGUCCGAGCCUGAGUUAUCCAUAGAUAGCUAUCGUGGUAUAAAAAAAGGCAAACUCCAUUGCUGGGAUGCCACAGGUCCCGCCAGAGAUGCAUUUGAACAAAUCAGACAACAAGUUAUUGACCGUCUUAAUGGCGCGAGAAUUCAGGUUCCCAGCUCAAGCAUGAUCAUGGUUGAUAUAUUCAUGAUUGGUAAAGACCAAGCUAGAGCAAGGCCCUACAUUAUGUUCUCUUGCAGGCACCGCGAAUCACGAAAGGCCGCUGUCGCCGCCAUCAAAGAGUCGGAUAUUCUCGAUCAGUGUCCGCCGGGAAUGCUUCUCGGUGACUGGGACUAUCCUCCGCACCUUAUAAAUGUGCGACCACUUGCCUCUUCGGGGGUGAAGUCAAACAUCGUCAUCAAUGCUGUCGAGGUACAUGAGGAGGUUACAAAGUCGUAUAGGUGCAGGGUUUACCCUGUACUCGACCUCAAGUCAGGGAAGAUCAGGGCAUUACGACUGGCCACACAAAACGAUUCGACAAACUACGGAAGUCCCUGCAUGGCAACGAUUGGGAGUGUUAUCAAACUUCGUGGCAAAAAGUACUAUCUGGUUCCGGCACAUGUUUUCAAUGCAACGACCCCAGAUGUGAGGUCUGGAGAGAUGAGUUUGUCCGAGGAUAGUGAAUGCGAUAUAGGCGAAUUCGACAGUGACGACGAAAGUUUCUCAGGUGGCCAAGAUGAGGCCGAUUUCAUGAGUCGACAUAGCGCUAGUGCUGAGUCUAGCGAUAUAGAAGAAGACUGGGACCUUGACUCUAGUAAUACAAUGUCGGAUGGAGAAUCCACACAGGCUUUUGAUGAGCGGCGUGAGCAGCCGCCAAGUAUUGUGGUGGCAAACGAUAAAGCAGGCCCUUCUGCAGAUGAGAUGAAAUUAUUUUCGGUCAAUCACCACGCCUUCUCACUUGCUAGACCGCCUCGACUGAGAUCUGAUAGUUUUGACUAUUGUCUCAUGGAGAUUGACGACGAGAGCAUUUCGACGGAUUUGCCUGUACUUUCCAAGGACACUAUUGGCCAGCUUGAUGGUAGAUCUGUCAAUGUGACAGCCAUAACGGGCUCAGGCAAUAUCCUCAGAGGCAUACUUUCAGGCCGAAAAUCAUGCAUCCGAUUGCCAUACGCCACAAAUUUCGUUGAAGUCCUGACUACUCAGUUUGAAGACUCGCUUCAACCUGGUGUCUGUGGCUCGAUAGUUCGAGAUGCAAAUACCGGGGAAAUAUACGGGCACCUAGUCGCCGGUGACACAGAAUCUCAAUUCGCUUUCAUCGUUCAAGCUGCCGAUGUUUUGGAUGAUGCUAUGACCAGACUGUCUGAACCUGGAACAGUUUCGACAUAUGACAAACAAAUACCGCCUCCUCCUUCAGUUUUGCACGAACCUUUUGUCGAGUCAAUGACUCAGUACAACGAUGCAUAUUGGUUUGGGCACUCAUCUUCCAUUUUUCACGCCGGAGAAAUGUCGUCUUCAGAUACCUCGCUUGAUGGGGGAUCUGUGGGAGAUUCGUCCUCUCUAGACAUCUCACUCGAUGGCCUGAGCCUCGCCGAUGAUGCUUGCGAACCUUCACUCGGGAAUACAUGGCAUGUAUCAUCAAGUCAUUCCAUCAGGAAUAGAUCACUGCAAGAACGGGCAUCCGACUCGAGUGCUGCAGCUGGCGUCAAGAAAAGGAGGAUCGACUUGGAAGGGGCCAGAAACGAUCCAUGUGCCCAACCGGAGGACUUUGGAGGGUCGCGACAGGCGAUAACCGGGCUUAAGCAUCCCGGUUCUCACAUUGGUUUGGAUAUAGAAGAUGCGUUCCAUGCACUCGGCGGAUUAUUCUUCACAUCAUGUAUCAUUCCCCAGACUUUACUUUGCUGGGAACUUCAUCCCAUCCAACAAAACUACGAAAUGAUCGAAAAUUCAAAGUGUGGGAUGAUCUACGGUAGGGAGAAUUACCAACCGCUUUUGGAGGAGUUCAGACACAUUUCGGAUGCUUUGACCUAUUUACAUGAACAGCUUCAGCGGACCUUCACCAGCCUGCAAGGGGAACACGACUUUUUGAGUCAGAACAUCAUGACUCCGCUCCUGUCUCCCACAUCGACUGAAUGGAUACCACUGACCACAUUUGGCUAUGAUGAUGGAAUGCUUGCCGACAACGGUAGGCAUAAGGAGUCUCAGGCCCACGAUAUCGACGACUCACAUACAUAUAUGAGCUAUACAUGGGACAAAAUGAAGCUCUUCAAAUGCCACCUCUGCAGUCGAGACAAGGCAAACGGAAACAUUUUCACGGGCGUCUUAACGAGACAUAUCAUGGACAAGCAUCGCCUCCAAUAUGUAUACGAAUAUGCACAUGGAUGUGUCCCUUGCCACUGCAGAGACAAGAUCGUUGACCACUUCCGGUCACACUCUGCCUCUAAUCGCCAUGAAUAUGGAUACUGUUGCCACUGCCAUUGCUCAGCCAAAACUCUUAGAUCUCGACUAGGGCCUGACAUUGUUACAGAGCUACUGGGGCUUCAGAGCAGGUUUCUAAGCGAUGCCGAUGGUAUCUCCAACUCGCCUAUCAAUUCUCUGCCCUCGGGGAGGUUAACGACUAUAAUUUAUUGUGCACCUUCUUGGUUACCUUCCUCACUAAAUGGCCUACGGCUGUGGGGUUCUCAUGCAAACCUCGGCAAGAACAGGAAAUUGCACGAGAUUAGCAUUGCGCCAUUGCAAGACCCUAGCCAGAUUGCUUUCGCUUCUCUUAAAAGGAAAGUACAGUCUCCCUUCCCUUUCAUUGCGUUCGUCCACGGCAUUGACUGCGAGAUUCGACUUGAUCCCGACCAAGAAACCACGUCAGGUGGGAUACUGGUCCCAAGGAUUGUCGACGAGAGUACCAAAGAGAGCAAGGUUCCGAUUAGCAGAAACGGUGGCUUCGUGCAAGUGAUCCAUAGGAAUGGAUUAAAUCUCUUCAAAGUGAGUAUCGUUCGAUACCAUCGCUGA